AUGAUGAAGGACCUGAUGUCGCGAAAAUUUGACUUCCAAGACCUGUCCAUUGUAACUCUGACGCAGACCUGCAGCGCGGUAGUGACAAGGCCCAUGGCUCAAAAGGUGUCUGAUCCAGGUAGUUUCAUUAUCCCAUGCACCAUUGGGAGUUAUGCUUUUGCUAAAGCAUUGUGUGACUUGGGAGCCAGUAUAAACUUGAUGCCCUUGGCAAUCUAUACAAAACUGGGCAUUGGCAGAGCUAGACCGACCUCAAUGUUGCUGGAACUAGCUGAUCGCACAGUCAAAAGACCGACAGGAAUUCUUGAUGAUGUGCUUGUUCAAGUGGGAAAAUUUGUAUUCCCUGCAGACUUCGUCAUUCUUGACUGUAAAUUGGAUGAAGAGAUACCAAUCAUUCUGGGCAGGCCAUUUUUAGCCACUGGGAGAGCAUUGGUUGAUUGUGAAACUAGAGAAUUAAAAAUGAGGUUGAACAAUGAAGAGAUAAUAUUCAAUGUUCAACAAUCUAUGAGGAGACCCACCGAAUUUGCAAAUUGCUCACUAGUGGAGGCCGUAGAUGUAAUACUACAAGAGGAGGAUGAGACUAUUAAUGUCAGGGAUCUGUUAGAAUCCUGCUUGAUGAAUCUGGAAAAUGUGGAUGGUGAGGAGUUGGCAGAGUAG